AUGCCUGAAGGAGCUACUAGUAUGAAACGCCGCAGCGGGAAUGACAGUAACAGUCGGGGCAGUGAGCGAUCUUUGUUUGGCGAGAGUGGAAGUGCUAGUAGUGGAAGUGCCAGUCGGCGUAGCGGUCUAUUCAAGAACAGCAAUGGCAAUGGUAGCAACAGCAACGGCAGCAUGAUGAUGAGCGUGAAUACUGCUAAUGGUACUGCUAAUGGUAGUGCUAGUAGCAGUCGACCAAGCUUCAUGAAGCGCACAAGCAAGGGACUCAAAAAGUUGGUCUGUCUGGCUGCCCCCAGAAUGAGUCACGAGUUUGAUCGGACCCCCGAAAUGGACAAGCUCAGCUACGACACGCGCAGUUACGUGGGUUCCAACAGCGUCGGUACCGGAAUGCACAACAGUUUCUGUGGAGAUGAGACUACCUAUGUGGGCAGCCAAGUCGUCGUGGAAGUUGAUGGUCCUGCUACACCACACCCAGUCCCGUGGCACACUCAAGUACUUAUCGGUGUAUUGACCGCUUUCUUUGUCGCACACUUGCCGACACUCGAAUCACUCGACCAAGUCGCCACCGUGGAAACUUUUAUCCACGCUAACUUUGAGAGUUUUCCUUUGGCACUCGUCAUUCUGGUUCGUCUCUGCUUGGCCGGAGUCAUGCUGGGAAAUGCCGCAUCUGUUUACUUGUAUGGACAGUGGGAAGCAGACACGGAUUACAUUCCCGGAUCCAAGCUACGAGUCGUCAAGCGCAUCCCCUUUCGAGGAGCUCUUACGGAAGAAGGAAACUUUUUCAGCGGAUUCAAGUGCAUUGCCACUUUCACACUCUGGUGCUGGAUUGUCGAAGGAACGGCAUUUCUACUCGCGGCCGCCAUUCCAGUCAUGCACUUUAUCCCGGGCACUUACAUCAGUCCUUGGCUAUUGCGCGUUGCCAUUGUGCUUUGGCAAGUCGGAGCAUCCGUUUCCAUUCUCGUCAGUGCCGUUGUCAAGUACGCACUAUGGCCCAUUGCACAGGAACACGGAGAAAACAUCAAACUACUCAAAGCCACGGGAGCUCUACUACAACACAACCUGAACAGCAUUGCCGCGCUUAUCGAAGUCGGUCUCUUGGGAGGAUUGCCCGUCCGAUUGUGUGACUUUGCAUUUCCCCCACUUUACGGGAUCAUCUACCUCCUAUUCACUUACGCAAUGAUGUACCGAUGGACCGAUCCCAAACAUGGACCACAAUUCUUCUACCCAUUCUUUGACACGACACUCGGAGCUGGAACCAGUUUCAGUUUGGUUGCACUCCUUGCGGUACUCUCCGCUAGCUUUGCCAUCUUUGUGGGAGCCGAACAUUUGCUCACACAUGCCGAAAAAUUCAUUGCCAUUGUUCCCGUCGCCGCCAUUUACCUACUCGCUAUUAUGGUCUGUCGGGUCAAAGAUUAAUUUUCAAAAGAGAGCAUGUAUGCAGUGACACGACAAAUUGAUUCCAGUUCCUUCCAUUCCAAAUCUACAAGAAUCAACACUGCACUCAACUUCCUUCUCCGUCGCUUUUGAUGGAUCGAUGAUCCAAUUCGAUUCGAUUCGAUUCACUGGCUGUGCUUGAAUCACGGCCACACUCAAUCAAUAUUCAAUCCUAUCCAUCCAGUCGAUCCAUCAGCAAUCUCAUGUACAGACAUACAUCUGCGUACCUGCGUGAUGCUUUCCAUAAAACAAUAAACCACUACUGUAUUGCAUUUACCAUUAUCCAUUUCGUCUUCAUGCGCUGAUAAGAGUAGAGAUGGUAGACUAGCUAGUUGUGGAACACGCGUAUUG